GCGUGGAUUUGUUGUUGAUUGAAUCUUCUCAAGACUGUCCUUCUUGCUCACUUUUCACAUCUUCUUCAAUGGGCCGAUUGUUUCUAGUAACAUUGGAGGGGAAGAUUUACAGUUGUAAGCACUGUAAAACCCAUCUUGCUCUUUGCGACGACAUUGUUUCAAAGUCCUUUCAUUGCAAGCACGGGAAGGCUUAUCUCUUCAGUAAGGUAUCAAAUGUCACAGUUGGAGUGAAGGAAGAUAGAUUGAUGAUGACAGGAUUACACACAGUUGCAGACAUUUUCUGUGUCAAAUGUGGAUCAAUUGUCGGAUGGACUUAUGAAACUGCUCAUGAGAAGAACCAAAAGUACAAGGAGGGAAAAUCAGUGCUCGAACGGUUUAAGCUUUCG